AUGAAUGUAUGUCUAACAAGUCAAGCCAACUUGAUGGAUGGGCAAUACAUAGCCGCGUGUGUGCAAAAAGCAGCAACGUUAAGAAAACAUGACUACGAAUUGUGGAAAGGAUACACGGAAAGAAUCUUAACAAUACGUGACACAUUAACACCGCAGCAAGUUGGCUAUAUAUUUUAUGGAAUGGGAAAAAGCCGAUUUUUAAACCCCUCUUUUUACGAACAAAUGUUAACAUGUGUGCAAAAAAAAUUAAACGCUUUUUAUAGCCAUCCCUUAAUGUGCAUUGCAUGGUCAUUAAACAGAGUCCUAAUCAGAGAAGAAGAAUUUUUCAACCAUUUCUGCAAAGCUGUUGUGGACAAAUUUGACGAUAUGCGAGUAAAAGAUUUAAUAAAAAUAAACAAUGCAAUUGCAAAGCUAGGAAUUCAAAAUAAAAAUUAUAAACAAUUUAUAAACAGCCAUAUGGUUAACAAACUGGAAACAAUUUUUGCUCAAGAUUUUCGUAACGUAAUUAAUGAUGUUACUUUGGUUAACCUUUACGAUGAUGAAGUUAAAAAAUAUAUUUUAAUCCGAUUUAGCAAUAUGUUUAUUUGUGCCAGACCGCAACAUUACAAGAGUGCUUACAAAUCGGCAGUAGCCGUGAGGGUCUUAUUCCCCCAUGUGUGGAGUGCCCUUUCCAAUAAGGUAAAAAGCUUUUAUGUCCGCCUCAGUAUGAGAAGGAUCCCAGAGAGUACGAGAAAGCCAUCCGAAUUGCAAUGGGAAGUUUCGAACUGUCUAGCCAAAUUAGGUGUAAGCCAUAGGAACACCUUUCUUUGGGGAUGUUACUAUAUAGAUAUUGGUGAGAUGAAUGAAAAACGAAACUGCUGGUUUGUUGAUGGACCUGCUUGUUUUUAUACCUCUACAAAUCAGUAUAUCGAAAGUGUAAAGUUGCAACAUAGGAUUCUUUACGACUUGGGAUGGAACAUAAGGAGAAUUGUCUGGCUCGAUUGGUUGCAGCUUGGCGAUGACUGGGAUGAAAAAGUGAAGUAUGUAAAGGCCCAGAGGGAGAAAGACCCCCUUGGGAAAACCCUAACCCACAUGUCACCCAUCUCGGCAGAUGAAAUUAAAAAUAAGCUGAACCAACUGAAGGCUUAUAAAAUUCGGAAGGAGCAGCAGAAGGAGGAUAGUCAGGAAAAGAUACACCUCACU